UAGCCGUCACAGACUCGUUCCCCCCGCUUGGAGCAAAUGGCGUCGCAAGGACCGGAAGUGGGGCGGCGGUGGUCCAGGGGAGCUUCCGGUUUCGUUCAGGAACGGAGGAAGGGGGCCAAAAUGGCGGCGGCGCUGCUCUUCCUGGUGGGGCUGGGCGCAACAACAGUGGAGGCGGCUUCGGCGGAGGCGGUGACCUGCGGCUCGGUGGUGAAGCUGCUCAACCCCCGGCACGGAGUCCGCCUCCACUCCCACGACGUCCGAUACGGAUCCGGCAGCGGUCAGCAGUCGGUGACCGGAGUGACGUCGGUGGACGACAGCAACAGCUACUGGCGCGUCCGAGGCAAGACCUCCACCGUGUGCGAAAGGGGGACCCCUGUGAAGUGUGGGCAGUCCAUCCGGCUCACCCACAUCAACACCGGGCGCAACUUGCACAGCCACCACUUUACCUCGCCCCUCUCCGGCAACCAGGAGGUCAGUGCCUUUGGGGAGGAAGGUGAAGGAGACGUCUUGGACGACUGGACUGUCCUCUGUAGCGGCAUGUACUGGGACCGGGACGGCGAAGUGCGCUUCAAGCACUUCUCCACGGAGGUUCUCCUCUCGGUGACAGGAGAGCAGUAUGGGCGGCCCAUCCACGGCCAGCGGGAGGUGCAUGGCAUGUCGUACUCCAGCCAGGACAGCUACUGGAAGGCCAUGGAAGGGAUCUUCAUGAAGCCCUCAGAGCUGCUGAGGGCAGAGGCCUACCAUGCCGAGCUAUGACCGCAGAGACAGGUCCUUGGGGCCUGACUCCCAGGCUGUCCUCACUUGAUGAUGACUGAAUGUGCGCCUGGCGGUGCAGGAGUACUAAGACACAUAUGCCCCUCCGCUGGGGAUUUUGCUGCUCCUUGCGCCACCAGCCUCUGUGACGGAGGGUUUGCCGUCUGAGCGUCCUCCUUAUUGCCACCCUCCUUCCCUGCACGCCUUUUAUUGCUGAUAUUCAGCCAUAAAUAAACACAAGUUAUUUUCCAUGCGCA